GAGAGAGAGAGAGAGAGAGAGAGAGAGAGAGACGGGGGGGCAGAGAGGGUUCCCAUCACACCAAGAUGGCGGCGGAGCCUCCAGCCGGCUCGGCGCUCCUACUGUCAGAAUCCUGCGGGGCUCCGACAGCUAACUGACGGUUACAGACAGAGGAGGAAGCCCUGAGCUCGUGUCCGUGUCGAAGGCGCCGUGAUGGAGCAGCAGCCUCCGUGUGUGAGUCUCCGUGAGGACUGAAGCAGCGUUCGAGCAGCCGGCCCUUGGUGGGAAUGGGAGAUGAUGGAGGACAAAGGCCCACGUGUAGCCGACUACUUUGUGGUGGCUGGUUUAACGGACGCUUCCACGCCACUGGACCAGGAGAUCCACUUUGACGAUGUCUGCCACAAGACGGCCAAACCCAAGGCACCCAUAACUGAUGUGGCAGUGAUAAUCCGCUCACUGGGUGAGGAAGUGCCACCAGGAUUCUCUUGUAUUGAGGCCACACCAACCGGUCUGUCAGCUGAUCUUAACAGCGGUGGCCUCAUGGCACCUCAGAUCUUCCUGUGCUAUAAACGAGGUCGUGACAAGCCACCCCUCACUGAUCUUGGUGUUCUUUAUGAGUGGAAGGAGCGUCUGAAGCAGGGCUGCCAUCUCAUCCAGACCACACCCUCAGGUCUACCAGCCAACAUCAGCAGUAACUCCUCCCAGCGCAUCUACAUGACCUACCGGCGGGCGCCUGAGAGCCAGCCACACGUUGCCCUGGCUGUCACUGAUAUCUGUAUCAUCAUUCCCAGCAAAGGAGAGACGCCACCCCACACCUUCUGCAAGGUGGACAAGAAUCUCAACAGCAGCAUGUGGGGAUCUUCUGUCUACCUGUGUUAUAAGAAGUCUGUGGCCAAAACCAACACGAUAGCCUACAAAGCAGGUUUAUUCAGCAGAUAUCCAGAGGAGGACUAUGAUUCAUUCCCUCUGCCCGAGUCUGUUCCUCUCUUCUGCCUUCCCAUGGGGGCCACAAUUGAGUGCUGGCCAGCAAACACCAAGUACUCCCUCCCUGUUUUCUCCACUUUUGUGCUGACUGGAGCAUCUGGAGAGAAGGUUUAUGGUGCUGCCAUCCAGUUCUACGAGCCCUACUCACAGGAGUGUCUGACGGACCAGCAACACUCUCAGCUUGGCCUGCUGAGCUCGGAUCCCCCAAAAUCUUAUACAGCAGCCAACAGCAGUACCCCCCAUUCAGUGUACACAAACAAGUGCAUAUGCCUGCUCUCCCACUGGCCCUUCUUUGAUGCUUUCCGCAAGUUCCUCACAUUCCUUUAUCGCUACUCCAUCUCUGGGCCUCAUGCUCUGCCCAUUGAGAAGCACAUCUCUCAUUUUAUGCACAAAGUUCCCUUCCCUUCCUCUCAGAGGCCUCGGAUCCUAGUGCAGCUCUCCCCUCAUGACAGCCUGAUGCUGAGCCAGCCUGUGUCUUCUCCUUUGCCACUCAGUGGUGGCCGAUUUUCCACACUACUUCAGAACCUGGGCCCAGAAAACACAGUCACUCUGCUGGUGUUUGCCGUCACUGAACACAAAAUCUUGGUUCACUCAUUACGACCAGCCACACUGACCAGUGUCACUGAAGCUCUCGUGUCUAUGAUCUUCCCAUUUCACUGGCCCUGUCCUUAUAUUCCUCUGUGUCCGCUGGCACUAGCUGAUGUGCUGAGCGCCCCGUGUCCAUUCAUCGUAGGUGUGGACUCCCGAUACUUUGAUCUUUAUGAUCCCCCACCAGAUGUGACAUGCAUCGACUUGGAUACAAACACCAUCUUCUACAACGAAGAUAAACAGGCUCUCACAUGGAAGAUUCUGCCAAAGAAGCCCUGCAAAACUCUAAUGAAAGUGCUGAGCAAUCUCUACCAGGAACUAGUUGAUGGUCAGUACAGGUCUGACGGGCUGCUGGAACUGUGCAUGAGUGAUUCAUCAGAGCUGAGCAGUGGGAAGAGCCUCCACACACUGGAGCUGGAGAUCCAGGAAGCCUUCCUGCGCUUCAUGGCAGCCAUCCUCAAAGGCUAUCGCUCCUUCUUAAGACCUAUCACCCAGGCACCUUCUGAGAAAGCGACCGACGCUAGCUCGCUUUUUGACUUGCAAGGAUUCCUGAAGAGCCGUGAUCGUUCACACCAGAAGUUCUACUCACUGAUGACCAAGACUCAGAUGUUCAUCCGUUUUAUUGAGGAGUGCUCCUUUGUCAGUGAUAAAGACACCAGCCUGGCCUUCUUUGAUGACUGUGUGGACAAACUCUUCAGUUCAGAGAGGAGUGCAGACAAAGGGGGGAAGGUGGACAGUGAUCGACCAGAGGAGACCAGACUGAUAGAGAUUGAUGAAUCCCAGCGCAGUGAACACACGGUCUUCAUCACUCCGCCAGAGUUGCCUCCACUACCUGAGGGGGAGGAGCAUCCACUCCACUACUUGUAUGAUGGCUUCCCAGUGUUGAGCCUGGACCUAUUUGACCCAGUGGAGGGUCUGCGGACAGCCUCCUCUCGUCUCGCUGCCCGGCACAGUUGUCCCACGAGCCCAGCACCCAUGUUCAGACGCACUAAGCAGGAAAUCAAAUCAGCCCAGAAGAUAGCCAAAAAGUACUCAUCCAUCCCUCAACUGUGGUCCAAGUGCCUUCUCCGUCACUGCUACGGUCUGUGGUUCAUCUGUCUGCCAGCAUAUGUAAAGGUUUGCCAUUCCAAAGUGCGAGCGCUGCGCACCGCCUACGAUGUUCUCAGGAAGAUGCAGGCUAAGAAGCUUCAACCCCCUGAUGAGGUGUGUUACCGUGUGCUGAUGCAGCUCUGUGGUCAGUAUGGACAGCCUGUCUUAGCUGUCCGUGUCCUCUUUGAGAUGAAGAAGGCUGGAGUCCAUCCCAAUGCCAUCACUUAUGGCUACUAUAACAAGGCGGUGUUGGAGAGCAAGUGGCCCUCCAGUACCAGAGGAGGCUACUUUCUCUGGAUGAAGCUGAGGAAUGUCGUUCUGAGCGUGGCUCAGUUCAAACGGGCACUACGGAGGCACCAACCCCUCACCCAGAGCCCUCUGUCAGAUGGCUGUGACCUGGAUGCUGUGAGUCACUGCAGCCUGGAAACCUCUGCCAGCACUAACCUGGCCGGGCAGGAUGCCUACGCCACCAGAGUAGACCCCACUGACGAUAAAUCUAGCACAGUUGGCCGUGGGGAUGGCAGCGUGAGCACCAGGGGCUUUGUGGCCCACUCACAGUGGGGGGGCUCUGAGCUCAGAGAAGCUACUCUCUGCACAGGGGAUCAGUCAGAUUUAGGUUAUAACUCACUGUCCAAAGAGGAGGUGAGGAGAGGAGACACCAAAGCCCCAGACUCCAUUCCUGACAAAGACGACAAGAAGGAGAGCGACUGCAGCUCCUUGUCCGAAACAGAAAGUGCCAAGGGAAGUGGAGAGUGCCUCCCUGAGAUGGACAUGGAUGUCAGUUCAUCCUUCAAACCCCGUAGCAUUGUUCGUAGCAGCUCUACCCAUGAUGACUCGGCCUGUAACCUCCAGACUUCCACUCGUGCAGGUCAUAUUGCUGGUCUUCUUUUUACUUCCUCCCUGGACGAUAUUGGUGAAGUCCAGACCAACAGCUUCCUCAGAAAACAGCAGACUGCCCCGGAUGAUGUGGUGGGUAGUAGCUCGAGGAUGAGAGGCCGUCCUUUGAGCAGUGACAUGAUAAACAGCGGUGGCAUCACUGUUCUGGGACUUGGCAUGAAACAGGGUGAAACUGAUCCCGAUAAGAUUGCAGGGCACCUGGGUGCUGAUGCCAAAAUUCUCUUUGGCACCAAUUUCAGUAAAAGUAAGAUGUCUCACUCACUGGCCAUGAGCCGGCUCGAAGAGGUGACUGUUAAUGCAGGUGCAGCUAGAAGCCAGGCGAACAGAGAGGAAGAAGAACUGGAGGAAGGUGAUUCAAGUGAUGAAGACCGAAACAAUGCAGAGGACAUUUUUGAUUUGGAAGACUUGGAUUUGGAUGGAACCAAUGGAGAUGCUAGGGUCUGCUUACACAAAAAUAGCAAACCUUACAAGAAACAUGUGGGACGCAGUGCCAGCUACAGUUGCAUGAGCGCCAUGGCCUCUAGAGGAUCUGCAAAGCGCACCGGUAUCAAGAUGGGGUAUGAUCCAUUAUCCCUACUAGCUGCACAGUCUCAGUCUAAACAGCAACCUGAGGACGAAUACAUGGAGCGGAUGGAGGUCAGCACACCUACUACCCGUAGGCACCUGGCUAGAGAAAUUGAGCUCUACAUGAACCACUUGGGCAGCCCGCUGAGCAGCCGGACCCCCAGCUUGGACCUGCAGGAUCAAACCAGCCCUCUUCUCCAUUCACAACGCCGACCUAGCUUGCCUCCCAGUUCCCCUCUCAGGACUGGUGUGGUACCACGCUCUCGCACCUACCACUUGCCUUCACCCUCUCAACCUAGCUCACACCAACGUCUUUGGUCAUCAGCAUCCUGUCACAGCUCAAGCACCACCCCAAGUCCGAGCCCACUAACCAGCCCUUACAGGGCAGACAGAGGAAUGAGCCUAGCGUCACCUUCACCCUCCUCUUCCUCAUUUGCCCUGGACACUCUGCUUACACCAACCUUGGAUGUCUUCAAGACCAACGUCUUCUCUGCUGGAAAGGGUGUGGCAGAGAAGGCUAGUCGCUGGUAUUCCCGUCUGGCAACCUACACCACACCUACCAAGGAUGGUCACAGUGAUGGUAUGAGUGUGUCCUCUCUGGGUGUUGCUGAACAAGACUCCUCCUCCCUCCUGGAUGAGGACGUCCAACGUGAGCCAGACAGCUGCCUGGCUUCCCCACACAGAAAUGGCUCAGUCAACCCCCGCAGGAGCCCUCGACGUAGCCCCCUCCGCAGCAGGCAGGACAGCCCCACCAUGAGCUCCAAAUCUUUGCUCCCCGGUUUCACCCUCUCACCUCCUGGAUUCUCUCUCCCUGACAAGUCUGACCUUGGCUCUUCACGCUACACCAGCAACACCAGCAUCUUCAACAACUAUGCCAUGGAGCUGCUGAUCUCCAGCUGCUCACGCUGUAAGACUUGUGACUGUCUCGUGUACGAUGAGGAGAUCAUGGCCGGCUGGACAGCAGACGACUCCAACCUGAACACCACAUGUCCGUUCUGUGGAAACCCCUUCCUGCCUUUCCUGAAUGUGGAGAUACGGGACAUGAGGGGGCCCGGCAGACUAUUCCUCAAAGGUAGUCCAUCAGUAGAGGAGGCAAUGAGCUUGUCAUGCUCAGCAUCCACAGGUUUAGACACGGGGACAUCCACCUUGUCCACCCCCUGUCCCACAAAUGCCACCUCUCCUCCGUUCCCAGUGAUUCCUAUCCAGGAUUGCUCAGGAAGCAGAAGGACACGGUCAACCAGUACUAAGGGUAUGGACAUCUCCACAGAGCGACGGCAGGGGGCGCCAGAUGCUGGGGCAUCUAUGGCCCGCAGUGUCAGUGCCUACAGCCCUCUGGAGAAUGUAUCUCACCUCAACUACUAUUUGCCAACUUCCGGCAGCCUGCCCAGCCGCCUCAAUGAAACCAGUGACCCACUGAGUAUGGACUGGAGGCUUCAUAACCCUGAGCCAGUUACAGUUCCCUACCUGAGCCCACUGGUGCUUUGGAAAGAGCUGGAGAGCCUGCUAGAGAAUGAGGGCGACCCGGUGAUCACAGAGGCUGACAUGGUGGACUAUCAUCCCAUCAUCUAUUGGAACCUAGUCUGGUACUUCAGACGGCUGGACCUGCCCAGCAACCUGCCUGGACUCAUCCUCACCUCAGAGCACUGCAACAGAGGCUCACAGAUCCCUCAUCACUGGAUGUCUGAAGACAGUAAACACGUGUUGAUUCAGAUCCUGUGGGACAACCUGAAGCUGCACCAGGACCCCAUCCAGCCUCUCUAUAUCCUGUGGAACACAUACAGGCUUAACUGUACUCUGUUGUUAGAAAAUGUAGGUUACCCUUUGUCGCGACCGGUUCUUCAGGAGGAGAAGCCGUUCAGUGAGGAGUUACUGCAAAGCGUGGUGAAAAGCAUCCAGCGGAACGACAUUAGCAGGCCUAUGGCUCAGUUGCUUCAGUUGCUGGGCCAGACACUCAGGGUCAAAAGACAAAGGAGUUUGUACAGAGACAUCCUGUUCCUCUCCCUGGUGGCUUUGGGAAAAGACAACAUCGACAUAGAUGCUUUUGACCGUGAAUACAAGCUGGCGUAUGACCGCCUGAGGCCAAGCCUGGUGAAACUGAGCCAUAACUGUGACCGUCCUCCUAGCACGGGGGUAAUGGAGUGUCGGAGGACAUUUGGGGAGCCUUACCUGUGAAUGCUCACUAUGACGACAUGCACAACAGAGAUAUUCUCAGCAUGCAUGCCAGUGCUUUCAGGUCAGCUCAGGAAACCUGUGUCGGAGGAUUGUGAAUGUGAACUGCAGUGACAUUUUGUCAAACUUCAAACAAUGAAAAGGCGCUACUGUCAUUGGUCAGCUUUCUGUGUGCUGACUCAAAAACCACAACUUUACAGAUGUCAUCUCACUGGCAUAGCAGUGACAGAAACACCAGUGUUUAUACAGUGUUGUUGAGACUCUCAUCUGUUUUCUAUGUUGUAAAUCCUGUGCAAAUAUAUAAAACACUGUAUAUACAGAGACUUUUUUAAAAAUGUUUGUAUUGUAUAGUCAUAUAUGAAGACUAUUAUUAGCAAUAUUUUAACUUGAAUUCUAUUUAUACAAAGUAAGCUUUAUUUAUUGUAGUGUCUUCUCUUUCCUAUAUAUUGUGUAAACAUUUUAAACCUGGAGCUGGAAGCAUAAAACAGAUUCAAAACUGUACGUACAAAAACAGAAAAAUGCAGAAGUCCAUUUUUUCUUUUUUUUUUCUUUUUUGCCAGAUGCAAAUGUCUGUCUUUUUACUCUGCGUGUAAAUCUGUCUGUACAUGUAAGAGCCAGAUCUCCACUCCCAUAUUUAACCUGAUAUGGUCAUAGACACUCCUUUAAUCAUCUGUUUGCUUA